UCUUUUUCCAGCAUUGGGCACGAAAAGAUUAGCGUCUGAAGAGUUCAUCAAUGAUUGGGAUAAUAAAAGGCUAAAUGCAGGGCAUGCAAUUCGGCUCAACAUGUGGUGCCCAGUUCUUUAUUGCAAUAAUCCUUACUUAAUUAACCCAGGCCCCCAAUUUAGAAUACCAAACUUUUGCUUUCCCUUGCUUUGUAAUGUAUAUAUAAGUGUAGUAAUGACACAUACUGCAAACGUUAUUUAUUAAGUACUUAUACUCCUUUUGUGUGGCUUAAUUUACCUAACCAAAAGCAUCUUUCGUGUUAAUUAACUUAAUUAAUUCCAUCAUCAGCAAACUUUUUCUACGCAAACGUUUUUGUUUUCCUCUCUAAUUUGCUAGGCUAAUAGGGGCCAACACUGUAAAAAAAGCGAGUUCUUAGCCACUAUAUAACAAUCGUCUUUUGUAAAAUCAUUUUGUGGCUUGAUUGAGCUGUAGCCUCCAAAAGCUUCAGUUAGAUGCAUCUGCAUUGGAUCCGCGAGCAAAUGAUUAAAAUGAUUAACAGCUCUGCAGAUUUACUUGCAAUGUGUAAAGAAAAGGGAUUCUUUGUAGUAGUUCUAUUUUUGUUAUUUGCAGGUAAGCUUGAAUAUCUUGUUUUGUUGCUGAUUUUUGGAGUUUAUAAGAUUGUAGAUCUUUUCCGUCGGCAUUUGUAUAUAUUUUUGGUGGAAUUUAAGUGGGAGAGUAUGAUUGUGUGAUGAUGCUGAUCUGGGAAGUUUUGCAAACAAGAUAUCAAACCCUUGUCCAAUGGAACAGUUUUUGGGACAAGUCAGUAACUGAUCCGCCAACUGCCGUUCUCCUGCAUAGGAUUCUAGGCUGCAGGAAGAAUUUGGGUAAGUUCAUUAUUCUGGCUUUUAAGUAUCGAGACAAUUGCUUAAAUUUUUAACCUUUUUCACUUCUUUCCAAUUAUAUGCUACUUCCGGUUCUUUGUAAGAUCUUUUGACCACAUGCCAAUAAUCUAGAAUUUGCCAUUUGAUCUUGAUCGGUGAAGAAGACUAUUAAAUAGAUUUGGUUAGCUUGUCAAAUUUAGUACCUGUUUGCUUUAUUGAUUGAUUAAUUUAUUGUUUGGGACACUUAUUAUAUCUCAUAUGAAAGUCUCUUAACAAUUCAUUUUGUUCUAUAUGUCGAGUUUAGAAAUUUAUUGCACUAUACUGAAUGCAAAUAAUUUUUUUUUAUUUCAGUUAUUUUUCUAUAAUGGAUAAAAGUUGGAUGACCAAACCUCGAAAUAGUGAUGCAUAUAAAAAUGGAGUCUUACAAUUUCUGGAAUUUGCAUUUUGUAAUGCAUCCUAUAGUGGCAAAAUAAUGUGUCCUUGUGUACGCUGUGUUAAUUGUUCAUUACAAACAUACGAGGAUGCGAAGAUACACUUGAUAUGUGAUGGCUUUCUAAGGGGAUAUACUAGAUGGAUUUGCCAUGGAGAGGACGCUUUAUCUUUUAAUUCCCCAAUUAAUACUGCCACGUCUUCUUCAGCUUCUCAGUCUUUACAUAUGCAAGAAGCUUUACAAGUGCAAGAGUGCAUCCCUAUCACCCAAAACUUUAGAAGAUCAGAUGACAUACAUGGACUUUUACAUGAUGCCAUUGGCUUAGCCGGUGAACCAACUAAUGAAACAAAUAUACCAACUAAUGAAUUUGAUGAAAGGGAUGGCCCAGAACAAUCUACAGAAGAACCUCGCAUGGAACAAUCUAAUGAAGAGACUAAUGGAAAUCAUGAUUUUCAUAAACUAUUAAAAGAUGCAAAUGAAGAAUUAUAUCCGGGAUGUAAGACAUUUUCAAAACUCUCUUUUAUACUCCAUUUGUUCCAUUUGAAAUGUCUAAAUGGUUGGUCAGGAGAAUCAUUUACUAUGUUGCUAGAGAUAUUGGCUGAUGCAUUUCCUGAAGGUACUUCAUUACCCCGUUCUUCAUAUGAAGCAAAAAAAAUGGAACAGAAGGGUUAUAUUUAUUUUCAAGUGCUGGUAGUCCUAUUGGAAAGAUUGAAAAUAUUAUACUGGAUCAAAAAUCAUGGGUUCAAGCACAUCGUUAUGUCCUUCGUCAUUAUGAUGACCUUGAGCCUUUUCGCCAGUAAGUCAGAGUUAUCUUACUUAUUCUAUUGAUACUUGACAUUUAUAUAUAAAUUGAAAUAAAACUAACUUUAUUUGAAUAUAGACAAUUUAUUGAUUCAGAGAAAAGAAAACGACGCCGUCAUACGCGCCUCAGUGGUCACGAUAUAGAAAAAUUGGUAAAUGAGAGAUUUCAUGAAUGGUUACAAAGUAAGGUAUAUAUUGUUUA